UUUUUGUUGGAACGCUUCACGGCGGGUGAAAGAAAAAGAGAGGCUUCAACGGCCUUUGAGUUGUUUGUCACUUUGUUGGCUCAGCGCCGCGCUGUCUCUCUAAAACAGCCUGGUGAAACCCUAAUUUCUCGGAGAACCGGCCCUGCAGUGUUUACCCUUUCUGAUGAGGUGAACAUUAGCUGAUUUCUAAACGGGAAGCUGUUGAUUUUGUGUUAAAGCUUGGAUGAUAGAGACACUUGAUUUUCUCUGACAAUGACUACACGAAGAAAUGGCAUUUCUAGGAACCAGCGGGUUGAGAGUUUUCGCGGUGAAGGCCCUAACUGGAUCCUUAUUGCUGGGGGUGCCUUGUUGAGUACAUUGUCUAUUCGCUUUGGCUACAAAUUAAAGCAGUCCGUUGACUCGAAACCUCACUCCAAUGGUGGAUUAAAACCCAGUGGAACAUCUGACAGAGGAAGAUCUCUAGGAUGCUGUUUGCAUUCUAAUGCGUCUCCCUGUGAUAGGAAUAAUGAUUUUUGCUUCCACUCCACUUCCGGAACUGAGAAUGGGGACGGUAAUCAUGCUACAAAUGAGCAUAUUGCGGUGUCCAGUACCACGUUGCCUCUUGUGACAGUUCCUAGUCCAACAUAUAGCAAAGAGAAUGGAGUCAUGUGGGGAUCUACUCCUGAUCACCUGGAAGUUCCCAUGAAACCAUACCAUCACCAGUCAACCUGCUCAGAUUCUCCUUGUGUAUCUGAAUCCGGCUCAGACAUCUUCAGCAAGCGAGAAGUAAUACAGAAACUGAGGCAACAGCUGAAGAGACGUGACGACAUGAUAGUUGAAAUGCAAGAACAGAUUCUGGAGUUGCAAAACUCGCUUAACGCGCAGAUGGGAGACUCUAGCCAUCUACAAACACAGCUAGACACAACGAACAGGGAUCUUUUUGAAUCAGAGAGAGAAGUUCAGAGACUGAGAAAGGCAAUCGCUGAUCACUGUGUGGGACAAGCAGGUAGCAAUGGUUGGAGUGGUGAUGUGAACGGGUUUAUGGGAAGUGAAAACAGCUAUGAGUCACCACCAGAAAAAGGAUCCAAGGAUGGAGAAAGAAUAGAGAUGUUGAAAAAGGAAGUGGGUGAGCUGAAAGAGGUAAUAGAAGGGAAGGAGUAUCUACUUAGGAGCUAUAAAGAGCAGAAGAUAGAGCUAUUGCAGAAGGUGAAAGAGUUGCAGCAGAGAUUGGACUCACAGCUCCCAAGCAUUUUGUAGGUGGAAAGGUUAGGCAUUGUGCAUUCUUAUAACUACUCUCUCUUCUUAUCUCGAGAAAAAAAAAAGAAAGGAUAUAUGAACUCUCCGAGGAAACCUCUCUUCUGACUACAGAUUGUUUUGGUUGUUUUAAUGCUUCGGCUUUGAAUGUCUGGAUCCUUUUUUGGGUUGUCACCUCUGAUUAAUCCUUUGUUUUUUGUUUUUUUCUGUUUCUGCUGGUGAAGUGAAUACUGGAAAUCUGAAAACUCAAAUACAAAUUCGUGUCUCAAGGCAUAUAAGCUGGUCAUAUUGUGGAGUUUCAGUUGGAA